GAUAUUUUUCUUUCUUUGGUGGCGGCAUCAACUAAAUAUCUUUCGCAGCUAUCACUCAUUUCCGUCUCUCUUGCAAUAUCGCGAAAUAGCAAGAAGAAUACUCACGAUGGCUGACGAAGAAGUUGCCGUCUACGACGAGGUCGAGAUCGAAGACAUGACCUACGAUGAGACGCUACAGAUCUACCAUUACCCUUGCCCGUGUGGCGAUCGAUUCGAGAUUGCGCUCAUGGAUCUCCAAGACGAGGCGACGGAUAUCGCAGUCUGUCCUAGUUGCAGUUUGAUGAUUCGGGUUAUUUAUGAUUUAGAUAACUUACCAAAACCCGACUCUGACCCUUCAGCCCCCGAUUCUACCGACAACCAAGUCCCUAUCGCCGCUUGAAACAUUGCGACCCUAAAGAAACACAGCUUGGCAAGGCGCCGCGCAAGCGUAAGGGUAUAUAUAAAUGCCAAGCCGUCGCGAAACAGCUGAUGGCGCAAUUACAUAUAUGUCGCCCCAGAAUCAUGUUAUUUCCCAAUUUCCUGGGGAUGCGACGACGAGGACGCGGCAUUUGCCCAGAUUGCGCGUCAAUCGAUGGGCGAGAACAUCGGACGAAUCCCACUAAAAGGAGAUUAAGCUACUAUUGAUUAUAGUGGUAUAAUCUGGUAGAGGUGAAUGAAACACCGGCGCUGGUCUAGCGCAACCCAGGGAAUUGGAAGAAAGGGAGUAAUUACACCCAGAAUAGAACAAU